GCGGGGAGCCGCCUCCUUUCUCCGGAAUCGCGAGCUCGCGCAGAUACCCGUUUGUUGGGCAGGAUGUGUUCGAUGCUUACGUACACAGAUUGACAACUCAGAAGAUGGAAGACUGAUUUAUACUGGGAAUCUGGCCCGGGCAGUAUUUGGAAGUGCUAAUAUUUCACACGGAGCCACAUGUGAAAAAGAGGAAACAUUUGGAAGGGAUCUCAGAAAUCAUGUGACUGAUGACUCAGGUGAAAAAGAGUCUGAUGACUAGUUACUGAUCCUGCGUGCAUUUUUAAACUUUUGGACAUAUUGAAUCAUGUUCACAUUUAUGGUUUUUUCUACCCUGAUUUCUUCCAUAUUUACUGAACCUGGGAAGCUACAUUGGGUCUGCAAAUCUGCUGAUGCAACUGUUUCAUACACCUACUGUGAUAACAUGGAAAUCCCUAUUUCAAUUAAUGUUGAGCCCUGUAUAACACUGAAGGGAACCCAAGGUUUAUUGCAUAUUUUCUACAUUCCAAGGAGAGACAUGAAUCAAUUAUAUUUGAAUCUCUAUAUAUCUGUCAACUCCAUGGAUUUGCCAAAGCGCAAAGAAAUUAUCUGCAAAGGAUCUGAUGAUGUGUAUUCUUUCUGCAGAGCUCUGAAGGGAGAGACUGUGAAUACAACAGUACCAUUUUCCUUCAAGGGCAUACGGCUUUCUAAGGGACAAUACAGAUGUGUUGUAGAAGCCAUAGCUGGGAGUGCUGAAGAAAUGAUCUUUUGCUUGAAUUUUACCAUCAUACACAACCCACGUGUCAAUUAGAAUAAAUGGGUCCUAUUUUUGUUUUUCAAA